AUGCCACGCUUCCUGGAUACUUCCACCGGCCAGUUUGUCUGGAGGGAAACGACUGGCCAAAGUAAGGCCCAGUACGCCUACCUGUCUCACCUCUGGGGCCCCGAUGAAGCGACAUACCAGGACGUCCAGAAGAUCCAGGCAGGCUCGGUAGUGACGGAUUCAUCUUUGCCCUGCGAUGAUUCUGGAGUGGUCCUCGCAUCGCCUGUCUUCUCCCUCCUCCCUGCCAAGAUCCGUUUUGCUUGCCAAGUCGCCCGCGAGUCCGGGUACAGGCUUUUGUGGAUCGAUGCUUGUUGCGUCGACCGCUCCAACAGGCUAGAGAUGGCGGAGAGCGCGUACUUAACGUACGAGUUGGUCAAACGGGCGAACGUAUGCUACGUCUAUCUCGAGGACGUACCCGAUGAAGAUGAAGAAGACCCCUCUGCCAAGCACUCUCGCUUCCGAACCAGUAGAUGGCACACUCGGUGCUGGACACUGCAGGAGCUGAUCUCCCCGAAGCGCGAGGUGUUUCUGACGAGGACGUGGCGCCGUCUGGGCACAAAGGAGGACCUCGCCGAGACUCUCGCCCAAAUCACCGGCGUCCUUCCGGAGAUGCUGUCGCGCGAAGUCGGUCUUCUAAGCGACGUCGGUGUCGCGACACGCAUGUCGUGGGCCGCUGGACGUCAAGCAACUCGUGUGGAGGACCAGGCGUAUUCGCUAUGGGGCAUCUUCGGCGUCCGUAUGCCCCCCGCCUAUGGCGAGAAGACCGCCGCUUUCCUGCGUCUUCAAGAGGAGAUCAUCAAGAAUACCGCGGACCACAGCAUCUUCGCAUGGGGCCCCAGUUGCACUGUCGCGGCGUUCCCAGACGAUGUCAGGCGCACCCCGGGGCAGACGCACACCUCCCCUCGCUCUUCGACAUGUCUGUUUGCCCGGUCUGCGCUUGACUUUUACAAAUCUGACAUCAGCCCCAUCCCGGCUGAGGAGUUUGCGAUGCUCCUCGGACGCGAUUCUAGUGCUCUCGACUUCCCGUCGCCCAAGUGCUUCUCUGAUGCACGAGGUGUCACCGCCCGCUUUCUGUGCAUCGACCUCACGGACACCCCACUUCUCCACCAGGCGAUCUUCGCAUUGGUAGAUCCUCAAGGAUGUGAAGCUUGUAAAGGCCGCGGGCAAGCCCGCGUCCUCGCGCUCUUGCAGUGCAGGGACAGCGCUGGCUCGCUCAUUACCCUACCUCUAUGCGGACCACCACUCACUCCGGAACGUUCCUGGACAGAUGUGACCAUCGGAACGCACCUCCCAUGUAGCGCAGACCCUCCGCACAACCCGUUCCGCCUAGUGCGUCUGAGUAAGGAUGCGGUUGCGGCGUCGCUGGCGUACCUCCUCCCGGAGCCUGUAGAAGUUUGUUUCGCCCGUCACGACCGCCACGACUGGCCGGGGCGCCACCUACAGCAGGACAGUCCGAGUACCCUGGGACCGCGGCUGCAGGAGCGCGGCCUCCAUUUCGACCUGGGGCGGUUAGGCCUGACGUCUUCAGCCCAGCCAAUUCCUCUCGCUGAGGAGUCCGCGUUCUAUCUCCAUACGCUCGGGUUCACGAUCACUCCCUUGCGAUGCCGACGGCGAGAGGAAGGGAUCACGCUCACGACCUCGCUCGUCUCCAACUUUCCGCACCAGAGCGGCACGACGAACGGACAACACCUGCGCCUCCAAGUCGUUCUCACAGAUUCCCGACCUGACGGGUAUGCGAAGGCCGAGUUCUCCGUCGCCAACUUCAUACACACUCCCGAAUCAGAAAAGGCGGACGCCAUCUUGCCACAAGGGUGCGGUCACCCUCCCCGGCACAUCAUCCAGAAGAUGCCGCCUGUCGACCGCGGCGCUGAAAUACGGAUCGUAGAGCUCGGAACGCAGCCGAACCCGGACCACCACGAUCGGAUGAGGGCGGAAACCGUUUUCACGAUUCAGAUGGAUGCCAAUUUUAGGAGCCAGAGCGAGAGGAGGGGCAACGUCAGGCAGUUGCGCUUCCGUUUGACGGAGUACGACCGUGAACCCCGCUUCGGUAUAUCCCACAUUACUUCUAAUCUUCUACUUUCUAUAGAACUCUCGGGAGUGUUUAUAGGCCGAGCAGCGAUGGCAGUAGCGGGCGAUAUUGCUAUAUAG